ACAGGAUUUCAGCUGUCGCUAAGCUCGUAUACUGCACACAAGCGGCACUCGUCAAACCUUUCAGGAUGAGCCAUCAACGGAAGCAAUAGUGUCCGUGUCCGCGAUAUCUUGCAACGUUUUACGAUAUAGCUGCAAACCCAUAGUUGUAGUCCUCGAUGGAGGCUCCCAGCGCAACGAUGGGCUUGGCAGAAGGAUGGGAGGGCCGGACGCAGCAAAAGCUCGCUCUUGCAGGCGCACUUGCUGCGGCGCUGUCGCUGCGCUCCAGCCCGCUCCGCAGCGGCUCGCGCGCGAUGGAGUUUGUGCACAAGCUGGUCGGCUACAGCGGCGCGGCGCUGCUGUUCAGCGGCGUGUCGGAGGCGUGUCGGGCGGUGCGCGGCGGCCGCCACGACUUCAUCAACACGGCCAUCAGCGGCGCUGUGACGGGCGGCGUGGUGGUGGGUCACUAUCAAGGCCCCCGGUACCGGUUGUUGGGGGUGGUGACGUGGGGCGGGCUGGCGGCCGCACUGCACGCCACCAACCAGCUGCUGCGGCCCAGGCACAUCCUGGAGGACUACCUCAUUCGGGAGGGGCUGCUGUCACCCGAGGUGGCGCGCCGCCGGGUGGGGCCGCGCUCGCUGUGGGCGGAGGCGGACGACGCGUAUCGGGCCAUGGAGGCGCGGGCGCAGCAGGACGUGCUGGUGGAGUCGCUCGCCAUCCGCGACCGCGAGCUCAAAUUCAUCAACACACCCCGGCCGGCGGCGGCGGCAGUAUCAGCAGAUGGCGGGCGGCAGCAGCAGCAACUGCCGCCGCAGGCGCCGCCAGCCGAGGCCGGCGGCGGCGGCGGCGGCGGCUGGGCUGCUGAGCUGCCUGAUGACGACCCCGGCUACGUGGCCUGGCUGCGGAUUGCGGGGCUGGACUCGGAGGUACUGCUGCAGCAGCAACAGCAGCAGCGGGAAGAGCAGGAGCAGGGGAAGAAGGGGCAGCAAAGGCUGCAGCAGGAGCAGGAGCAGGCGGCGGCGGCGGCGUCACCUGCUGUCGUGGCAGGGCCAGCUACAGCGUGGCGGCCGGUGGACGCGGCGGCGGCGGCGGCGGCAGUAGCAACGGGAGCAGCGGCAGUAGCCGCAGGGGGGCUUGAGGGGCGGGCGGCGCCGGCGGCUCCGGAGGGGAGCAAGCAGCGGCGGACGUGGGCGGAGUGGCUGGCCAGCCCCUGGCGCCGACGACCAGCCGAGACAAGCAAGGAGCGGCAGUAGCAGCAGCAGCAGCAGCAGUAGAAGCAGCAUCCGCAGUAGCAAUGGCGAGAUGACAGGCUGUAGCAGCGGCGCAUUGGUGGCGGCGGUAGCAGUGUGGAAGCCGCAAACGCGCGCGCGCACACGAUGAAGAGAGGAUGCCGAGGAGGGUGGGUGGCGGUGUCAUUGUAGGCAGCUGGCUUUACGCUUCACACGUAUAGGGUGUGUGGUGGUGGCGGCGGUUGUCGUGGUGGUGGUGGUGGUGGUGGUGGUGGUGGCGGCGGUUGUCGUGUUGAAGCUGCUGCGCGAACACACUUGAUGCAUGCGAUGACGUGACGGGGCGGGCCGGUCACAGAGGCCGGUGGGAGUGAAGGUUUUAAGCCUGAUGGCGAACGGAAAUACUUGGAGAACUUGGGAGCUCCACCAUUCCGCCCCCAUCCCAGCAUGCGGCCUUGACCCUGCCCGCCGAUGGUGAGCGCCACAUUUGUGGCAAUACGGUACAAUCAUUUAUUCCGGGACCCAAAGGAAGAACUGUACCCAACUGGGGGGGUGAAGCCUUGGGUGAAGCACGUCACAAGGGAUCGGAUUUGGCACCAGGUGCAGAACGACAGCACAGGUGGCGAACAUGCAUUGCUGAACAUCAAGGACAUGUAGGGUACCGUACGGUGCUGUUGUUGCCUGUUUGAGGAUAUCCGCACGGUUACCGUACUGCAUUCGCAAUGGCAAAGGAGAUGCCUUGCGUCGUGCGUGUCAUCGCGUGGCCCGUGCCUUUGCCCAACUUCUCAUGGCCGAUGCCCACGGUACGGUAGUGGCCAUGCAAGUGCGGACAUGGCCACCACGGAUCACCCAUUCACCCGCAGGAUGCAAACAGUCAGGACCCUGGCGUGUGGUUGGUGGGUCUGCAGGUAGGGGCCCCGGAUAUAGCCCUCAUGAUGGGCAGGAUGACCUGCAAGUGGCAACUUUUGCAAGAACCUAUGGACGCUGGUCCAAACCGUAACUAUAUAUUUAUCAAACUAUCUGGGAUGUAGGGUGGCUGGCAGCAAAUUUCUGAUAUGGAUUACGGCAGUUUGCGGUCAGAAUCGACGUUAGGGUCCAGAAAUGAAUUGAAAGCGGGGCAACGCCAGCUAGGUAAAGGUGAGGUGAUACGGGACUUUUGGGCACGGAUGCAAUCGUACGGCAAUACGGCAUCCUGGGCAUGAAAAUUGGCUGGUUCACUUGGCGACUGCUGCGGGCUGAGGAGGUAUGCCGGCCGCAUCUGGGGGAAGCUGCCAGCACGCGUGUCAGUGCGUGCUUGAGUCUGCCAAUGGGGGAUGCGGUGCGUGCAGGAGCCAGGAGGCAGCCGUGCCUGGCCCUGCGGAGCGGCACAGUCCUGCCUUGUUACAGAGUGAAUCGCUAACACUAC